CAUUCUAGUGGAUCGCACAGAACGCAAAACAGGAAACGCAACACAACGAAACGCAGACCUAAGACCUGGAGUGCACGAGUCAAUCAGGCAUAUUAGAAAUAAAAACGAAGACCGAAGUGUUGCGUCUCCUGUGUCACCCGAGGAGGAGGCGCCGCGAUGGGCACCUUGAGGUCGAGGGGCGUGUAGCAUGCCCUGGCGCCAUCCCGGGGACCUGUGCAGCCUCGACCUCGUGCUCUUCCUCCUCCCGUUCUCCGUUUUCGUUGUGUUCUUCAUGUCCACCGUCAUGCUCGCCAUCAAGAAGUACUUCACUCGACGCCGGAGGAACUCGGCCGAUUACGAUUCCUCAGGGCUGACUUGCACAUGCCCGCAGAGCGCCUCCUCCAAGAGGCGAUCCCUGAGGGACACGCUCACGCUCCCGAGACUCGCCCUUGCGUCCGAGGCCGCCUCUAACCAAGAUGACGGACGAUCCAGCUCGUCCUCCCUCCACGAGUAUCCUCGCUACCGCCGAAGCAUUAGCCUGGGCCAGAUCCUGCAGCACUCGGACGGCCCCUACAGCGACGGCUUCAACAGCGCCGGUAGCACGUACCCCGGCAGCAGCGAGACCUCGCCCGACACGCACACCGACGCCACCGGGCGGGAACUGAGCGACUUCGAGAAGGAGAACCUGCUGUUCCUCAAGGACUUGGACAACAGCUAUCACCGACCCUUGACGCAGAGCCUUAGCAACACCAGCCUUGGCUCGACCUUCUCCGAGGACUCUCUCACAGGAGACUCCACGCCGAGAGGAGGAAGCCCUUACCCGGGUCGCCGUGAAUUCCCGAGGACAGCCUACUCGCCCUCCAAGACCUCGGCCUCCAAGAUUAUCCGCUCCGUCUCGAGGGAGGAGCCAGAGGACGACUUGUCCGAAGGGGAGGCCAGUCGAGACGGGCGGAGGAGACCCGAGGCCACAGGAAGGAAGAUCUCGCUGCCGAUCCUCGCCUACAGGGGGAGCACAAGUGACUCUUCGGCGCCGUCCAGCGUGUCGAGCCUGCAGGGGGCGCCGGCGUGGUGGAACAGCCGGCAGGUGCGAGAGCCUCCGCCGCGGAAGUUCUCCCUGAACCACACGUCGUCGUCGUCGCCGUCGUCCAGCUUCGCCCAGGCCAAGAUGGUGUUCACGGGCCGCAGCCUGUCGUCCCCGAGCGACCCCCCGUCCCGCAUCCCCAUGGCCACCCACACCAACGGGGGCGGGGGGUUCCUGCAGGAGCCGCCCUGGAGGUCCCCCAGGGGCCUCGGGUGCGCCUCGUCCGCCGUCCCCAACGCCAGCGGCCAAGUUCCGCUGGCUGACUCUGCAAAAUCAUCGGGGCUUAUCAACCGUGGCGAGAAAUAUAAAGUGAAAGGAAUAUAG